AACAAUUUUUUGUUAGAGUUCUCGUAAAUUAAGAUAUUAUUUCAUCCUUUUUUCGGUGUGGAGCUGGCGAAAGAACGAAACGAAUUUAGAACGGGCUGCAGGGAGCGGACCACCGGCAAGUUGUUUACCCGAUAUUAAAACAGGCUUUGGGUCCCGAGACCCCAACCUGGGAUAUAAAAGGUCUUUGGAAAGGCAGGGAGGAGCUCAAAGUGAAAACGACACUGGACGGCGUAGUUUGCAGAUUGGCGAGAAAAUGCGCAAUUAUCUUUGGUUAGCGGUGCUCCUGGCGUUGGCCACCACCACCUGUGUCAAGGCCAAGCCGCUGGUCUCCUUCGGUCUCAGCUAUCAGCAGCCCUACGUGGGACCCCAGCCGGGACCCUACUACUAUGGAGGACCUUAUCAGGGGGGAGGCUACUACCACAACUACCACAACAGCCCGGGACCUUAUGGCUACCCCUAUCCGUAUGCGAAUCGCUAUGGGGCCUUGGAUGUCGGAGUAGGGCUGUCGCUAUCCUCAUUCCUUCUUUGA